AUGGCUCCCAUCUUGUUAGAAGCCGAGUCUUCCAAUUCGCACCUCGCCGUCGCCCCCGUCAAGGCACCUCCAAGCAAUUCAAGUAGGACGGCGGUUGACCUCGCUCUUCAGGCACGUCCCUUACGGCUGCUGCGCCUCGUUGAGACCCUCGACGCUCCCUCGGUGGUCAAGGACGAACAUCCUGACACUCAAAUCCAGCGCAUGAUUCAAUUGGCUUGGAUCAUCAUUAUCCGUGCCUUUGUCUCAUCGGCCACCUUCUACAUUAGCGAGCAGUACCAGCAAGGCCGCUCUUUUGUCGGCGAGACCAGUCCAGCUCAUGCUGGAUCAUCUGUGCAGAUUCAUUUCGACCCUCAAGAAACAGUGCGUGAGCUUUUCACACAGAAAGUUAACAGCUUGGCCCAAGUGUCUGGGUCAUCGCUGACUACCAAUGGCGAUACUGCUCAAUAUGGCAAGGACGUGGACUACAAUGUGACUAUCGCAUAUCAGAGACUACCGGCGAAGCGUAUGUCCUCGGAUCUGAAGCUUUGUGUCGGUCGCUGUCAGGUCUGUUGCUCUCAAGGCAUGGCCAUACCAGUCGAGUCUGAGCCCAAGCCUACGACUUACGAAUCCAGCGGGCUGCAUUUAGAAAUCUGUUACACGCCCGACGACCGGUUACAUGCCCGGCUGGACGUGAGCAGGACUUCAAUAGGAAUGGAAUUGGCACUGAGCUUGCUUCACAGCUUUAACCAAGCCCUUACCUCCAUUGAUGGCACCCCUGUGCAGGCUGUCGGAGGCGUGGAACUAUGUGCGCCGCAUGAUCGAGACCGGAUUACCCAGUUUACCCGCGCAGUUGCACCGGCACAGAACUCGCUGUUACACGAUUUAUGUCUUCGGCACGCAGCAACAACUCCCGAUGCACCGGCAAUUCGCUCAUGGGAUGGCGAUCUCACGUACCGGGAACUCAACGAUUUGGCAUCCCGCCUAGCCCAUUGGCUUGUUAGCCAUGGGGUGAAACCUGGAGUCUUUGUGGCGUGCGCCUUCUACAAGUCCACAUGGACUAUCGUCGCUCGACUGGCCAUUCUGAUGGCAGGAGGUGCAUACAUUUGUGUUGAUGCAAAAGACCCACCUUCAUAUCUGCAGUCGGCUUUGGAGCGUACUCAGAUCAAGAUCAUUCUGACCUCAGCUGGCUAUGCAGACAACUUUGCCGAGUUGGUGGCAACGCAGUUUGAGAUAAGCAAGAACUCUCUGCAGGCUCUGCCAUCUCUUCCGGGAGUUCCCUGUGCCGAUGUCCGCCCCACUGAUGCCUGCACCGUUCUGUUCACCUCGGGAAGCACGGGCAAGCCCAAGGGCAUUAUCCAGGAACAUCGAAGCUAUGCGUCCGCAUUGACAGACUACAUUCGUGUGUUCGGCAUGGGAUCUCACACCCGCAUGUUUCAGUUCGACGCCUACGCAUUCGACAUCAGCAACAACGACUUCCUGUCCACCCUCAUUGCCGGUGGCUGCUGUUGUGUACCCACAACAUCUCUUUCGAUGGACGCCUUGAUGGGCGAUUUGAACACUCUUCAGGCUAAUAUGAUGUUUGUAACACCCUCUGUGGCUAUCGAUAUGGAUCCCGCCCUGGUGCCCACUUUGCAAGUGAUGUGUAUUGGCGGAGAGCCUGUCUCUGACGCGGUACUGGCCAAGUGGUUGGGUUAUGUUAAGGUAUUCAACCAAUACGGCAUGGGUGAGGUCGCAUCGCUCUGCUGCUAUAACAAUAAUCUCCAGAUGGGCCGUGGCGCCGUGGUUGGGCGCCCUGGUAGUGGAGCGAUCUGGAUCGUCAACCCUGAUCUUCCGGACCAGCUUAUGCCUGUCGGUGCUGUGGGUGAAGUCCUGGUGGAAGGCCCACACAUCUCUCGUGGAUAUCUGGAUCAUGUCUCUGGGAAGUCCGAAAACUUUCUCGCUACUCCGCCAGCAUGGAUGGCCCAGUUGCACCCGGAACGCCCGCAACAUAAAUUCUAUCGUUCCGGCGAUCUCGGUAGAUACAAUCAUGACGGUACAGUCGAGCUGAUUGGCCGGAAGGACUCAAUGUUGAAGCUGGACGGGGCGCGGGUCGAGGCUGGGCAGGUCGAAUAUGUUAUUCGACGGAACCUCUCUGACGGCGACGCCGCUAUUGUGGACGUGCUGGGGGCUGUAGACGGCGUCAGCGAUCCCAUCCUAGCCGCCUACAUCUACUUGGGCUCCAACCCAAUGAAUCUCGAACAUGGGCCUGUAGAGGAUAUGGAAUUCCGUGCGGUCACAGAUCGCCAUGCCGUGCAUGCACUCGCGAAAUCACUGAGUGAGGCCAUCCGCCAGAGUCUACCGAUGUACUAUAUUCCCAGCCUCUACUUACUCGUCGACCGUGUGCCACGCACUAAGUCGAAGAAGACAGAUCGUCGCAAGCUGCACAUGCUUGGUCAAGAAUACUACAUGGCGAACAGGGAAGCUUUGAAGGAUGUUAUUGUGUGGCCUGAUUGGGAGUCAGCGGACUGA